CCUCGACCCUUCCUCCUCUUGUUGAACUAUCUUUUUCUGCUUCAUGAAACCCAUCCUUCCACUUCCUCCUCUUGUUGACUAGCACUCGCCCCCCACUCGUUCAAUCGCCCUUCCCCUUCACGAAACCGACCCUUCCCCUUUCCAACCCGCUCUUUUCUCUCUUACCAUGUCUCAGUACUCUUCAAACACUUCGUCCCCACCCGUGAUCUACGUUGGGUUGGAUUUUGGUACAACCCACUCGGCCAUCGCGUACCACAUCGCCAAGGAAGGUGACCCCGAGCACAUUUCCUUCCUCAGGGAGGCAUGUUCGGCUGCGACAGUCAGACGAGGGUUUCAUAAAAUCCCUAGCACUUUGUGGUUAGAUGAUGACAAGAAUGCCAUCGAUUGGGGUACUUCCUGGCCCCCCAGAGCCGGAUGUCGUAAGCUUGAAUGGUUUAAGCUUAUGGUCUUGUGGAGGGACCAAUUAGGCGAGUUGAAAACCUCGAAGAAGUUCACUGAAACGCAAAACAACCUCGACAAAUUGGGUCUGGGCGUCCUGGACGGUAUCUCAUUGUACCUAUCGCGACUGUGGGGUCAAUUCCGGGAACAGGUCGAGGCUGAACUCAGUAACUGCAGCAUUGACGACUGUUCUAUUCACCUGACCUUGACGAAACCGGCCAACUGGCCGGAAGACGCCGUCAUCCGCCUUCAGAAAGCCGUGCGAGAGGCCGGAAUUCGCUACGAUGUGAAAACUCUGGAUGAGGCAGAGGCCACCGGAGUCACCCUUCUGAUGGAUCAGGCCAGAAGAUUGGAGGUCCAAGACACCUUCAUCAUCUGUGAUUGCGGAGGUGGAACCACUGACUCCAUCGGUUAUCAAGUUUCCAAUUCGUCCCCGUUGGAACUUUCGGAGUGCGUACCAAGCGAGUGCAUUUUGGCGGGAGCAGUUGUGUUGGACGACGCGUUCAAAGACAUGUUUAUGUCAAAGCUUGAAGCAAUGUGUCCAGCGCCAACCUUCAAAAAUAUCAAGCCUCGUGAUAUCGAUGAUUUAAUCGUCAGAUAUUGGGAUUGCGACGCGAAACUGCACUUUGGUAGUUCGGGACAGGGUUUGACGAUCAACCUGCCUGUCGGGUUCGUCGGGGCUAAAGAGAGGCGGGCCCGCCAAAAAGACGCGACCAACACCAAGUUGAUCAUCACGCACGAGGAGCUAGUCUCCAUCUUUGACCCCGUGCUCGACAAAAUCGUGUCAUUGAUUCAAAGUCAAAUUGGCGCCGUCAUGGCCGCAACAGACCAAAAGCCGAAGGCAGUAGUCCUCGCCGGCGGUUUUGGCCGCAACCAUUAUGUCCAAUCCGUCGUCCAGCGCAGAAUUGAGGAGGGAUCGGGUGGCGCCAUCCGAGUGAUUUCGUACGAUGAUACGACUGGAUGGGCCUCAGUCGCUGUUGGCGGUGUUGCUCAUGCUCGGCUGAUGAACCCAGGGCAGAACCCAGGGCAGAACCCAGAGCAGAACCCGCCCUCCAUGGCCAUCGUGCAAAGUCGUCUCUCAAGACAGAAAAUUGGCUUUCGAUCGGCCAAUCGAGUACUACAAUGGAUUGUAGAGCCGGGGACGAGUCUGCCCGCCAGAGCACCGAACAAGUACGCCGUCGACCUGCAGGCCUUUGGAGUCAUGAAUACUCGUGGAUCUACAUAUCUCACCUUAGAUCUAUGUGCUAGGUCUGGCAUGGAUCCGGUUCGCAGGAUAUGCCAGCUUCAAUGGCUCGCGAAAGCAGGAUCGCCGGGCAGUGCUUGCUUCGAGCUGGGGCUGACGUACGAUGGGACAACCCCGUCGUUCACCGUCUUUCUCGACGGUCAUCUCCAGGGCUCCGGAGAAGUGAAGUUUGUGUUCGACUAGGCCGAACCUAACGCGAUUUCGAAGGAGCAAUGGACUACCGUCUCAGUUGAGGCCUGGGUUCGCAGGAAAGGACCAUGUUUUGCUUGAUUUUUGGUGUAUCUCAAACGGCAGCUCAGAUAGUCAACCUCAUGGGUAGCUCAAAAAAAAAAUGUUUUGCUGUU